AUGCUUUCGUCUUAACCGUUCAUGCUUUCCUGCAAAUCUCUCAGAGCCGAGUCUGUGAGGUUCCUUUUUCGAUUCCCUUCUUUUCUUUGAACGUUCAGGAUGGCAAAUGAUUCAUUACAUGCUCCGACUGACCAAGUGAGCACUGAUGACUCAAUCUCUCGAAGAAAACCCCGACACAAUGCUGCAACCGGUGCUUCUGCUGCUGGAAUUCGCGCCUUGAGUGCGCAGCUUGUUGCCUUCUACUUCAGAGCACCUAUAAAAUCAUUUUUCCGCACGCGUGUUGACUAUAUGGUGGGUAGCUUGGCCCUCCUCGCCCUCUUUUUCUCGAAACCCUCGCUAAUCAUUCUCGGCUCCUUCUUCGACUCGGGAAGGCAUUUGCAAGGGCUGUUAAUCCCCAUUCAUCAAAAUCUGGCUGGUCCUUGCAUACGACCACACCAGGCCUUCUGAUGCAUGCUGUUCGCACAUAUGGGUGGCGCUUCAUUCCCAAUCAAGUUAUGCCCCCUUUAUUGGCGAAUGCUGGUUGGCGCCAUACUUUACACAUCAUACCUUCAAGUUCUUGGAAGUC